UUCACGGCUUCAAAAAGUUCCCCGUGCAGUUGUCAAUAGCAUGCAGUAGUGAAAGAAUGUUAAUGAGUUCAUCACCUGGGCCCAGUUCUGCUGCAAAUGAGUAGCUACGAGUGUGAAUGAUCUGAACAACCCCAAGCAUGCCGUUUGAUCUUCUUCAAAGAAUGAAACAUGUGCUGACAUGGGCUGCUAUAGUUUCAGUCACAUCAGCAUCAACCAGGAGCAGGACAGCACUGUUUGAUCAGUCUGUUCCCACUGAGCAAUACACUGACACCUGGGUGGUACAGCUGCUGCUACCACAAUCACAGCUCACACUUGAAGCUCACACACUUGCGGCAAAACAUGGUCUUAUCAAUCAGGGACAGGUAGGCAACCUUGAUGACUACUUCGCAUUCAAGUUACCUGAAACUGAUCAAAGGGGAAAUCUACACUUGACUGGUACUGGUCAGAAAAAUCACAUUUCACAAGCACUUUCGAAUGAGCCAAACGUGGGCUCUGUACAGCAGCAAAUAGCAAGAAAAAGAUUCAAGAAAGACUACAGUUAUCCAAGCGAUCCAAAUUUCAGCAAACAAUGGUCUUUGGUCAACCGUGGUCAAACUAGCGGUAGAAAGGGGCUGGAUAUUAACGUGGAGCCUGUCUGGCUGCAAGGAAUCACUGGGAGUGGUGUGGUCGUAUCUAUCAUGGAUGAUGGUUUGGAGAUAACACACCCUGACAUUUCUCCGAACUACGAUUUUAAUGCUAGUUGGGACUUUGCACACGACGAUAAUGACCCCACGCCUACCAAAUACUAUGGUGAUGAGCCAGACAGACAUGGAACCAGCUGUGGAGGAGAGAUUGCCAUGGCAAAAGAUAACAAUCAGUGUGGAGUGGGGGUGGCCUAUAACUCCAAUCUUGGCUGUCUCAAGGUUGACCUUGCUAGCGUGACAGACUCCAUUGAAGCAAGUUCUCUUGGCUAUAAAAACAACUACAUCCAAGUUUACAGCAACAGUUGGGGACCAAGUGACAAGGGUUUCGUGGUAGAAAAACCAGGAAUACUGCUUGAAAAUGCGUUAAAAAAUGCAGUCAAAAAGGGUCGUGAUGGGAAGGGCUCCAUUUUCGUGUGGGCUGCUGGGAAUGGUGGAUGGAACUAUGAUUCUUGUGCUGCUGAUGGCUAUUCUUCCAGCAUCUACACUAUUGCAGUAGGGUCAGCAGAUCAAACUGCUGGUCAAGCAAGCUAUGAUGAACAGUGUGCUGGAAAGAUGGCCGUCACUUAUUCAUUCAACUCAAGAACAUUCUCAGACGAUGGCUCUUAUGACCCUUUCGACCAAAUUUACACCACGACUCUGAAUGGGGAAUGUACAGACGACUUUACUGGCACUAGUGCUUCUGCACCUCUAGUAUCAGGAGUCAUCACUCUGGCACUACAGGCAAACCAUGAACUGACGUGGAGAGAUGUGCAGUAUUUGCUAGUUUACACAUCCAACACUGACCCUCUCACUGAUGGGGAAUGGACAGUGAAUGGAGCAGGGCGUAAAAUCAGUCUCAAGUUUGGCUUUGGAGCUAUUGACGCUGAAGCAUUUGUAACUCGAGCCAGAAAUUGGACUACUGUUCCUCCACAGAUUUCCCAGACCUUGACAAGCCACCAAACCUACGGAAGUGCUCGCUUUGGACAACCUCUUACAAUGCAAUUUACAGUAUCGAACACGACUUCAGGCGUUCACUUCCUGGAGCACGUGGUUUUGACAGCUUCAUUAAGAAUAGAAUAUGUACGAAGAUACACAAUCACGGACUAUUAUGCGUUCAUUAAGUAUGAAGCCAUAGAUGAAGCUUCGGUGAAACGCUGGUUACUAGACCCUCAUCCUCGCAGGGGGGACAUCAUGAUUGAACUCACUUCACCACAGGGAACAACUUCAACUCUUCUUCCAUACAGAAAUUAUGAUUUUGUCAAUUCUGAUGAUGAAGGAUAUGCUUACUACCUUUGGCCCUUCAUGUCUGUUCACUAUUGGGGGGAGAAUCCGGUCGGAACCUGGACAAUGACUGUUACGUUCAAGUCUUCCAGUGGUUAUGUUAGUGUAUCAAAUAUGGACCUUGCACUUUAUGGUACGUCCACUACACCUCAAGCUGUAGCAAAUAUUCCGAUGGUGUGUGACGAAGCAUGUGCUAGAGGUUGCUAUGGAGAUGGUCCCAAUGCGUGCGAUGUGUGCAAAGAUUUUCGUAUUGUAUCUACGCUGGAAUGUGUCACUACUUGCCCAAAUAAUACAUAUGUAUACAAGGGAUCGUACUGCAAUGGUACCAAAACAUUAUUACCUUUUGUUGCUAUUACUAAUAGUACUUCUAAAAACAUAACGGUAUCGGCAUCAAAUUCUUUAGUAAAUGUUGCUAUUGCUGUUGGUACUUCAAUGGGGCUGGUCGGACUUCUUGUCCUAGUGUGUAUAGUGGUCACAUGCAUUGCGGUAUACCUGUGGAUAAAGAAGAAGAAUGAACGGGGAAAUCGACUAAGAUAUCAUGUGCUUCAGUCGGAGGAUGACACUUCAUCUGUUCCUGUAUAAGAUUGGACUAAACAUUUUACAGACUUUAUACGCGUAUUUUUAAAGAACUAAUUAAUGUAUAAUCCUUCCAUGUAUAUAAUUUAGAGUACCCAAAUUCAAGAUAGAUAUGUGAUUUCGUGGCUGAUUUUAAAAAAACAUGUUGAAAAAAAAAAUUA